AUGUGCGUGCGAGUGUGGGGGUGUGUGCGUGCGAGUGUGGGGGUGUGCGUGCGAGUGGGGGUGUGCGUGCGAGUGGGGGUGUGCGUGCGAGUGUGGGUGUGCGUGCGAGUGGGGGUGUGCGUGCGAGUGUGGGUGUGCGUGAGCAUGGAGGGCAACGGCGCCAUGCCCAGCCUGCCUUCCGUCCUCGGCUCUAUCACCUCCCUCACUCGCCUGUCAGUCCUCUCUCCUUCCCUCAGUUGUUACACUCCCCUCACCCGUCUGCCUUCCCUCAGUUCUUUCACUCCCCUCACCCGCCUGUAUGACUUCCCUUGCAUCCCUCCUCUCUCUCGCUCUCCAUCACACCCCAGAGUGCCCCUCCACUCCUCCAUCCAUUGGCCUUACCACCCUCCAUUGCCCCUCCAUCCCUCCAUUGCCCCUCCAUCCCUCCAUUGCCCCUCCAUCCCUCCAUUGCCCACCUGCCCCUCCAUUGCCCACCUGCCCCUCCAUUGCCCACCUGCCCCUCCUCCCUUUCUGAAGCGUGAUUCCCCAGUCCUGAUGAACAACAACUUGGCUGGCCCCAUUCCGCCCUUCCUCCCCUCUCCUCUCUUAUUUGUCUUCUCUUCCUUUGCCCAUUGCCCCUCCGCCCCUCCAUGUGCCCUCCGCCCCUCUAUGUGCCCUCCGCCCCUCCAUGUGCCCUCCGCCCCUCCAUGUGCCCUCCGCCCCUCCAUGUGCCCUCCGCCCCUCCAUGUGCCCUCCGCCCCUCCAUGUGCCCUCCGCCCCUCCAUGUGCCCUCCGCCCCUCCAUGUGCCCUCCGCCCCUCCAUGUGCCCUCCGCCCCUCCAUGCGCCCUCCGCCCCUCCAUGUGCCCUCCGCCCCUCCAUGCGCCCUCCGCCCCUCCAUGCGCCCUCCGCCCCUCCAUGUGCCCUCCGCCCCUCCAUGUGCCCUCCGCCCCUCCAUGUGCCCUCCGCCCCUCCAUGUGCCCUCCGCCCCUCCAUGUGCCCUCCGCCCCUCCAUGUGCCCUCCACCCUGCCUUGGUCGCACAGAAUCCAUCGGUUCCAGCCAGCUCUCCUCCUCCAUUCCCGCUAAAGUCUCCAAGCUCCAGAAGCUCGCUAUACUACUCCACUUUUUCCCGCCCCUCCCUCAUCCCCCCUUCCUCAUCCCCCCUCCCCCCAUUCUCCCCUUCCCCAGAUCCCUCGGUUCCAACCAGCUCUCGUCCUCCAUUCCUGCGAAACACUCCAAGCUUCCACCUCCCUCCCCCCGUUCUUCCCCACCUCCACUCCCCCACCUCCCUCCCCCCAUUUGUCCCCAUCUUCCCUCACUCCCCCACCUCCCUCCCCCCAUUUUCCCCACCUUCCCUCACUCCCCCACCUCCCUCCCCCCAUUUUCCCCACCUUCCCUCACUCCCCCACCUCCCUCCCCCUAUUUUCCUCACCUUCCCUUACUCCCCCACCUCCCUCCCCCCAUUUUCCCCACCUUCCCUCACUCCCCCACCUCCCUCCCCCCAUUUGUCCCCACCUUCCCUCUCUCCCCCACCUCCCUCCCCCCAUUUUCCCCACCUUCCCUCACUCCCCCCCCUCCCUCCCCCCAUUUUCCCCCUUCUCAGAUCGCUAGCUUCCAACCAGCUGACCUCGUCCAUCCCUGCACGAAUCUCCAGGCUUCAAAAGCUCGUUACACUGUGUGUAAAGGCUUAAUCCAAGAGAAUGUUGUAUUUAGUGUACAAUUACAACACUGCAUUCCUCCUCGCCCCUCUCCCUUCGCCCCUCUCCCUUCGCCCCUCUCCCUUCGCCCCUCUUUCUUCUCCCCUACCCCUCCGCCCCUCUGCCUCCCUCUCUCCCUUCGCCCGCAGUGA